AAUAGAGGAGGAAAGGAAGGAGCUUUAGAACUGUAACUCACAUGUUCACCUAUACCCAGUUCUCCAUCACCCCAGGUGGAGCCUCCCGUACUAGCCCAUCCAUAGGGGCCAACCUAGAACUCUGGCUUAGCCUUCCUGUCCUGUCUUCAUCCCUCUUCUCCCUCCCAGAACCCAACUGCUGUCACUUAAUGUUCUGCCAAGGAGGAGGGAACUGCAGUGACAGCAGGAGUAACGGAGUGGGAGGCAGGACAGAGCUGCAGGACACAGAGGUAUGGAGAGGGAGGUCCAGAGGCCAGAUGACAGUGAGACCCAGAGAGAGGGCAGAGGAGCAGGGUGAGGGGUGUUGAGUGCCCAGGGCAGCAGAAAGGGGGCAGAAGAUAAGACACUUGUGAGCCGAAGAGGCACUCAGCCAUGUUGGGAGCAAGAAGACACUGGCUGCCAGAUCCCUUGCACAGCCUGGGGCUGCCCCUAGCCCUGUUGCUUCUGGCCCUGGGAGCAGGGUUGGCCCAGGAGGGGUCAGAGCCUGUCCUGCUGGAGGGUGAAUGCUUGGUGGUCUGUGAGCCUGGCCGAGCUGCUGCAGGGGGCCCCGGGGGAGCAGCCCUGGGAGAGGCACCCCCCGGAAGAGUAGCAUUUGCUGCAGUUAGAAGCCACCACCAUGAGCCAGCAGGGGAGACCGGCAACGGCACCAGCGGGGCUAUCUACUUUGACCAGGUCCUGGUGAAUGAAGGCGGUGGCUUUGACCGGGCCUCAGGCUCCUUCGUGGCCCCUGUCCGGGGAGUCUACAGCUUCCGGUUCCAUGUGGURAAGGUGUACAAUCGCCAAACUGUCCAGGUAAGCCUGAUGUUGAAUACAUGGCCUGUCAUCUCAGCCUUUGCCAAUGAUCCUGAUGUGACCCGGGAGGCAGCCACCAGCUCUGUGCUGCUUCCCCUGGACCCUGGGGACCGGGUGUCCCUGCGCCUACGUCGGGGGAAUCUGCUAGGUGGCUGGAAAUACUCAAGUUUCUCUGGCUUCCUCAUAUUCCCACUCUGA